GUGGCUGGAUGGCAAAUAACGCUGGUCUUCGGAGGUUGUUGAUGUUUGGCGGGGGGGUUGUGAAGUUGAAGGGUUUUGGGGUUGUUACACAAGUCAAAAAGCACAGACCAGCUUUCGAGAAUCUGUAACUUGCCCCACUACUCCAAACCCAAGACCGGGAAAACACCGGGAUAGUUUUCAUUUUUUCGAGAACGGCGCGAGAGGGACAAGGCGAAUUGGGUGGGUGAAAGCUUCCGGGUUUGCGAUUUGACGAGACGACGACGACAACAACCCUCCCGCUCCGUCGUCGACGACCAUCCCACCCCACCACACACAAAACCGCGCAUACAGCAACGAUGCCCCCAAGGCUGAACCUCGCCUCGGCCUUCCGAGCCCUUUCUCUCCGGACCACCACCCCCGUCAGCCAGCAGCCGUUAUUAUCACAAAAGAUUGCCGCCGCGGUACCAAAGCUUGUCACGGUCCCAGUAGCGAGACGGUUUUAUUCCGACAACCUCACCCCCGAGAACAACAACAAUAACAACGAUGAUCAAGCACCCUCUUCCGAGCUAGCCCCCCCCAGAUCAGAGGAGGAAGUGGUCAGUCUCAGCCAACAACAACAUAAAGAAGACAACCUCUAUGCUCUGAACAGGCUGGAGCUGGUGGCGUACGGACUCAAACCAUUUGACGCCGAGGAGGAGGGGCACAAGUACGGGUUGCCCAGCCUGCCGCUGCCGAGCGAGCUGCACAAGGAUCAUCGGUAUGAUGAUGUGAUGGGGCAGAUCACGAGGUUGUUGAUGAAGGAUGGGAAGUUGUCCAAGGCUCAAAGAGACAUGGCAAUGAUCCUCAACCACCUCCGCACCUCCCCCCCACCAAAACUGAACCCUGCCCGUCCGUUGAUUCCUGGUGCACCGGCCCCGAAUUUUCUUCCCCUCGAUCCGGUGACUUACCUUCGUGUUGCGAUUGAUUCUGUCGCACCGCUGGUGAAGAUUAGGGGGUUUAGGGGUCUGGCGGGUGGUGGUAGGAAUCUGGAAGUUCCUGCACCGUUGGCGGCGAGGCAGAGGAGAAGGACGGCGUUUGUGUGGAUUUUGGACGCGGUGCAGAAGAGGAAGAGUAAGGGGUCGGGGAGGAAGAUGUUUCCGACGAGAGUGGCCGAGGAGAUUAUUGCGGUUGUGGAGGGGAGGAGUGGGGUUUGGGACAAGAGGGCGCAGGUGCACAAGCUGGGGACGGCGACGAGAGCUAAUUUGAUGAAUAAUCAGAUUAAGAACUUUUUGUAGGUUCUUGGGUGAGGCAAAGGGAGGGAGGAGAUGGGGGAGACUUCUGCAUGCAUAAAAGGGGUCACAUAUGGAUGGGUUUGUAGGUUGGGUGGUGGAAGGAGAGUGUACAUUAUUUUGUAUCAUGCAAAUUACAAGACCGGUCCCGAGCAUAUGGGAUACGCAUUUUGAAAGGAUGGGUCAGAAACUGUUCCAGAAAGAUCGAUCGAUUAGGCUAGACACUAAGGGUGGUAGAUAUGCAAGUGAAAGUCAAAGUCAAAGUCAGAUGGGGAUCGUAUGUAUAAGGCUGAG